AUGCUUCGGUCCAUAUGGGACCUGUUUUGCUUCUCUCACCAGCAAACCAUCGUCGAGACCAAUUCAACUUUGCCAACUUCAAGCAAGGCCAUUCGCGUGAGACCCGUCCUAGACACCGCCGUCACAGCUCGUCUCUCUAUCCCCCAGGUGACAGUCAUUCAGAUCACCGCCAGACCGUCAUCUAUAACAGCGUCACCCGGGUUAGCAAGUACUCCUAGUACUUGCCCCUCCACUUGCAGCUCGCUUGCAGAGUCCAUUGUCACCGCCACCUCAGUAACCAGUGAUGGCUCUUCCUUGACGUCCGAUACCCUCGCCAAGCUGGAGCCUAUCCCACCUCUGUACGAUUGCACACCGUAUUUCCAGAUCCUGCAGCUAGAUGAUACGCUGAGACCGCCACCGAUAUCAUUCAGUGGCUACGGCUCCUUUGGGGGCCGGUUCGUUCCUGAAUCGAUCAUGGGAUUCCUGUACGAGCUGACCUCGGUUUUCGAGUCUGCCACCUCGGAUCCGGCAUUCUGGGCAGAGUAUGCUGCCUUUCAGCGGGCGAGAAAUACGCCUCUUCAUAGGGCCAGCAAGCUCACGCACCUGGCUGGCGGUGCUAAUAUCUGGCUGAAGCGUGAGGACCUGAAUGUGUAUGGCAGCCACAAGACUCGCAACAUCAUCGGUCAACUCCUGCUGGCCCGACGAAUGGGCCGUGCAGAGAUCGUCACGGACUGUGCCUCGGCCAAGCAUGGCAACUUCACGGCAGCAAUGUGUGCGCGGCUUAACCUGCGGUGUGUGGUAGUCAUGGGCGCAGAUGACGCACAGGCACAAGAAGAAGACGUCCUGGAGAUGAAGAUGCUCGGGGCGAGGGUCCUGACUGCACGAACCCCGUCCGGCAUGGGCACACUGCGCGCCGCUAUCACUGAAGCACUCCGCUAUUCAGUCUGCAACCACGAGACUGCAUACUACCUCAUGGGCGGGCCCGUGGGUCCCAAUCCUCUACCGACCUUGACACGCACCUUCCAGACACUCCUAGGCGAGGAGGUCGCCGCCCAGAUGCACGCGGCGGUGGGCUGUCAGCCAGAUGCCCUCGUCACCGCCGUUGGCAGCGGCGCAGGUGCAGUCGGUCUAUUUCGACCUUUUCUUCACGAGCCCUCCAUUCGACUGGUAGGCGUUGAGAGUGCAGGGGCCGCAGCGCUGACCGAGGGCUCGGUGGGCGUUCUUCAGGGUGCGCGGACGCUGAUGCUCCAGAAUCACGAUGGCCAAAUCCUCGAUUCGUACUCCAUCUCGCCAGACAUGAACCUCUCCACCGUGGGACCAGAGGUGGCUCAUUGGAAGGAGUCUGGUCGAGUUGAAAUCUCGACUGCUACGGACGCGGAUGCCCUGGACGGGUUCAAAACUUUACAGCGCCAUGAGGGUAUUGUGUCUGGCCUGGAUUCGAGUCACGCGGUGAGGAGAGCCAUUGACCUGGCGAGGGAAUUAGGUCCAGGUAAAAAUAUUGUCUUGUUGGUGACGGGUUGUGAUGCGAUUGGUAUGCGUGGGUUGGAUGUUUGA